GCACCCACACGAACACAAAUACACCAAAUACCCCCCAUUAAAUUUACAAUUAAAAAGCCUUUCACCAGGGUAGUUUCCUCUGGCCUGGAACCUGCAGUGUUUCAGUGUUUGGCAUUAAUUCUAUUGUAUUAUUUGUAAAUGGUGACUUGCAAAGAUACAUGUGAAGGCUUCAAGUUUGCAGAACUGGUAAACAAUACAACAAAUAGUUUUUUUUGCUUUGAUGUGUUAUUAUUAUUUGUUUUAAUGUAUUAAAGGAUACUGUGAGUUGUUGACAACAGUAACUGAAUACUUCCUUUUCUUCCCAUAGGUAACAUGGACAGGCACCACUAUGAGACGUUCGAGAAGUUUGGCAACAAUACUUUUCUGUUGCACCUUGACAACGGGAGAGCAUUUGGGCGCCACUCCAAAGACGAGCCGUCUAUCUUAGUUCCUCUAGAACAGUGCUGCAGAAUCCGUCUCUCCACUUGGCUUCGCCUGCGUCUCCUGUCUCUGCCUCAGUAUCGCCUCAGUGAUGUCAUGCGGGCCUCGCUCUCCCACGAUCCCCUUCACAGUGUGGCUCCGCUGCUCUCGGAGCCCCACCUCGCUGCUCUCGAUCGGCGUUUGCAAACUGUGCUGGAGACUGUAAGUCGUUGCCAAAAGCAACAAAGUAAGGAUGGCGGUGGUAAUGAGGUCAUCUUUGAUGACACUGCCCACUUGAAAGACAUGGUCACUUCUGCUGGAUAGAACAGCCUCACACUGCCUUCAUAUUAUGUUUAUGUUCGUGAGUGCAGUAGCACAUGCAAAGUGUGGUCAGCAGCAUAGUUAAAGUCACAAGGACUUAAAUGGUGUCUGGACGUAUUCUGUAACAAUAAAGCAGGAUGUAUAAAUAAGACAAAACAUGAGGAAGAUAUGUUUAAAAAGCCCAAAUGGCUGUAAUGGACUUUGAAAUGUUGGGUUCUACAACACAAAUUCAUUCUAACCCCCGUAAGAGGAAAGCUAUUAAGUUAUUGGUUUUAUGGCUUAUAUAUGAAAUAAAUACGACUCAUACCAUUUUCAGGUAUUUGAAAUUUGAUAUACAAAAAUACAAAAAAGGUGUUUGUAAUUACUCUUUCCAUUUCAUUGAAAAGCUGAUCCAUUAAAAUAUUAAAAUGUGAUAAACACAAAAUUUGUCUGGUACAGGUUAAAAUGUGCAUGUUUUUCAGGUGUGUAGUAAUAUUUGAAAUACCUCUUGUCUGUUUGAAAAGAUUGUUAAUGACACUGUCUGCAUUAAAUGAAAGGUUGUGAUUACAUCACAACUAAUUCCUGAAGAAAAUAAUUAGAUAACUCACAAACCUAAACUGCUUGAUAAAGGCAAAUUGAAAAUGAGGAAGCGUAAUGGUUUCAUCGCUCUUUAUUUUGUGUUGGACCAACUAGAGUAAAAUAAAAGACA